AUGAAUUACAAUCACCACAGCCUAAAAGAUAACCCUACUCAUCAAAUCUCCAUACUACUCUCCCUUUUCCUCUUCAGCCUUCUCGCCGUCUCAUUCUUGAUCUUCUCCGACACACCACCACUAAGCAACGAACUAACCGCCGCUUCCAACAACAACGACCCGCUGGGGGCGGCGCUGGCGGCGGCUGCGGCGGCGGACAAGACGUUGAUCAUCGCGGUGGUGAACAAGGCCUACGUGGAGGAAGGGGAUUGGCCGACGAUGCUCGAGCUGUUUUUGGACGCGUUCUGGCUCGGCGAAGGUACUAGGGAACUGCUCGACCACUUGCUCCUCGUCGCCGUCGACGAGAUUUCUUACGAUAGAUGCAAGUUUUUGCACCUUCAUUGCUACCGCCUUCGCCUUCCUCCCGCCGGGGAUAAUUCUUCCGCCGCCGGUGACGGAGAGGAGAAGGUGUUCAUGUCGCGCGAGUUUAUCGGGAUGAUGUGGCGGCGGACCGAGUUCCUCGGGGACGUGCUGGCCCGUGGAUAUAACUUCAUCUUUACGGACACAGACGUACUGUGGCUGAGGAACCCAUUCCCAAGGCUGACGACGACCAAUACGCCGGACCUCCAAAUCAGCACGGACCGGUUCGACGGGAACCAAUGGUCCCGGUCGAACCCAAUCAACACCGGGUUCUACAUGGUCCGGUCCAACGACCGGACCAUCUCCCUGUUCCGGUCUUGGUACUCCUUGAAAGAUAACUCCACGGGACUGAAGGAGCAGGAUGUGCUACAAGCCAUGAUCCGGGAAGGCCGGUCCAUACGCGAGCGGCUCGGGGUUCGGGUCAGGUUUCUCGACACGCUCUACUUCAGCGGCUUCUGUCAGGGAAGCCGCGACAUUCGAGCAGUCUCGACCGUCCACGCCAACUGCUGUCGCACAAUCAUCGCGAAGGUUGCCGACCUCAGAGUCGUGGUGGGGUUGUGGAAGAGGUUCAGGAGCAAUGCCACGUCGGUUGAUGAUAGUGCUGUGCUGGCGAACAUGGCGCACGUGGCGUGUGCCAAUUCGUGGAAGUGAUCUUGUGAUUUUGAAUGGAUUGCAUAUGCAAAGAUUUGUAAACAUGUAUACUGAACACCCAUACACUUAAAAUCACACAUUGUCUCCAAUGUGCACAAGACAAUUAAUGUGUAAGUGAAUGGAACCAAGUUUAUCAUUAUGUUCAAUCGGUGAAGAAACUGAAGGAAGUCGGAUGAAGAUUCGUUUAGGCUUAUGGAACAUGGUAUGCCACGCAUUAAGAUAAGGAGAAACACAUCCAUG